AUGGACUGUCGGCAGUUCAAAGAAGUGGUCAUGGUUUCUCUGUACCAGUUCAUGUACAGAGAAAGACGUGGGGCAAAGCUCAUUAUGUUAGCAUUUGAGGAGCACUUGGAAUCAAGUGUCCUUGAUGAGAUGGUGAAGCUCAGAUUCAUAGGAGAAGCAAAGGCGGCAGUUUGUUUGAAGAGGCAAAAAUCAGCACAGGCAGCUCAUGUCCCAUUUUCAGUGUUGGUGGCAUUAGGUAAAUCUCAAGAGCAAAUCACCCUCUCCAUACAUGAGCCUAUUAUUCAUCACUACAAUCGCCUUGGAAGAGUAAUGGUCACAUACAAUUCCUCUGCUGGUACUUGGCACUGCCCAUGUGCAAAGCCCAGAAUGUCUUGCCCUCACAAAAACAUUGCCAAAUGGCACUUAUUCCAAACAAAUAAGAGCUUAUUCACAACAGAGAAAGCUACUAAAUCGAGUGACACCUUGUGUCCACAGCACUCAGAUGAGCACAUCGACACUCCCCCAACUGACCUUCAAAGCACUGUGGAAUAUAUAUAUAACAAAAAGAAAAUUCCAGGUAAUCUCCCAGAAGCAGCGGCCAAAUCAAAGACAUUUCCAUCAAGGUAUCUUCCAGUGGAGACAACUUGUAUGAUCUGCGAUGGUGAAAUUGCACUUGAUGAGCCAGCACUGAUUACUGCGAAAGCUAAAAUUGUAACCAUGGAAAGUGUCAUUGAUGGCAUCUCUACUUACACCAGAAGAUGCCUAGAGUGUAAUAUGAUAUAUAGGUACCAGGAAUGGCAGGAUGGUCUCCACAAUUUUGAUGAUCAUGUGCUUUUGAGUCUCGAACUUUGUCUGUAUCUAAGACACAGUUUACAGAACCACGUAUCAGUUUCCAGGGCUAUAGACACUUUGGAGGGCUUAUGGGGAGUAAAAUACCCCAACAGAGACACCAUACUCCAUGGGUACUGUCAUUUCGAGGCCUUGACAGAUACCGACUACAAAUAUUCUUGUGUUAACUGUGGUUACCAUCCCCCCGUGGUUAUUAUGGAUUUGCACAAGAAGGGUGUUUUUAGCAUAUCAGUGGGUGACCUCAAAGAGCCUCCACCUGAGUUUAGAGGGGAAGUAGACAUUGAGGAUUUCUGGAAAUCAGUAAAUCUUGAGAUGAUCGCUUGGGAAUUUGUUCCCAGCCGGACCAAAAAUCCAUUUGCUGUGCAACCUAGUUCUUCUAGGUGGGCUCCAUGGAUAGGACCCAAAACUAGGAUGGAUCACACUGUACUGAAUACAGAAUUUGCAAAAGUUGCAACAGCAAAGGUCACGUCAGCUGAAGCUCAAAUGAUGAAUGUGUCAGAAGACCGUCUCGUGGAUGAGCUGAUGAAGCAGAAGGUUGGUGUUGUCAGAAAACUCUGCAAGGCCUGUAAUAUUGACUCGAAAGGUUCUCGUAUGGAUCUCAUUUCAAGAUUACGAGCAGAGAUGCAGAACAGACAGUCCUAUGACAAAAUGUUCCAGAAAAUCUGGGGAGCAUCAGGUGGUUGGUCAGUCAUCCUAUGCCCACAUGGUGUGGUGUAUAGCAUAAAGUUUAAUUUGAGAGCCGAGAGUCCCAGAGAUUUUGCGGACCUGCUGUUGUCGUGGAAGCACAUUCCUAAUGUUAGUGUAUAUGAUUUUGCACGAGGCUUGGCCACGCAUGGCAAUUUACGUGUACCUACAGCUAUCCCAUUUCAUCCACACGAAGGGAGACUAGCUGAGCCAACACCAGAAAACAUCAGUUCAGCAAAGCAGGGCAAACUGAAGGUGUCUCUUCCUUGGUUGUUUGAGAAAACAGACAAUUUGAAUUCCAAAGGCCAUCCCAUAACUGGAUCAUCUGAGCACUAUGUGUUGUAUGACAAACUUCAUGAAUCAAACACGAAAGAGCCCCAGGAUGUACUCAGAAGAAUUAGCCUGGUCCCAGAGCUACAGGGUUGGCUGAAUAGUCAAAUUGCAGAGCAGUUUUUUGCAAGCUUGCGAAAAAACAACUAUUUCCUUAACAACAUGGCACCUUCAACACACAUCUUCAUUAUGCGCAACAUUGUUCAUCACUAG